AUGGCUUCCUUCGUCGAAGAGCUAUGGUCCAGCGUCUUCACGCCGGGCCCCACACCGACUCUGUUGAUCGCGACCAACGUCAGCUUCGCAGCCCUGCAACUUGUUCUCUUCGGUCUCCUCCUCGCAACCUACAGCCUGCACUUCGUCGCCUUGUCCACCAUCUCCGCAGGCCUAUGGUACUCGAUCAACUGGUUUGCGGCAGAAGUGCGCGCAGCCCAACUAGCCCAAGAGGCUGAAAAGAAGGACCCCGCGCUCAACAGGAAUAAGGAUUCCGUGGAGGGUGACAGCGACACAGAGACCGAAACCUUCGGUAACCCUUCCGCUGUCGCCACCGGUAGCGCCUCCCUCUCUUCGUCAGGACUCCAGCCCAUCGAACGCGAUUCCAGGAAGCGGCCCAGCUCUGGCGGCGAUAGCUCUGGGUACGGAAGCACCGACAGCGAGUGGGAGAAAGUCGAGGAUAACAAGGCGUGA